GCCGCUGAUUGAGGACUGUCAGCUCUCCUCCCCGGCCCCCGGCUUAGAAGUGUGACCCCCUCGAGAGCUGGGACUCAUCCGACCCAGCUAAGCAGAUCCCGAGCCCAAACCAUGUUCCCGGUGAAAGUAAAAGUGGAGAAAUCAGAGCUGGAGAUGGCCAAGGCCCGGAACCAACUGGAUGCUGUGCUGCAGUGUCUGCUGGAGAAGAGCCACAUGGAUAGGGAGCGAGGAGAUGAGGAUGCUGGGAGGACGCCCUCGGACACCCACAAUAAGGACUGCUCCAUCGCCGCCACCGGCAAACGGCCGUCCACCCGCUUCCCUCACCAGCGGCGCAAGAAGAGGAGAGAGAUGGAUGAUGGGCUGGCCGAGGGAGGGCCUCCACGAUCCAACACGUAUGUGAUCAAGCUGUUUGACCGGAGUGUGGACUUGGCCCAGUUCAGUGAGAACACCCCGCUGUACCCCAUCUGCCGUGCCUGGAUGCGCAACAGCCCCACCUCUCGCGAGCGAGACCGGUCACCCACCUCACCGCUACCCCCGCCUCCUGAGGAUGAGGAGCCCUCUGACUCCCUUGAGCCGGCUGUGGGGCCCUUGUGUGCCCAGGGGUCAGAGGUUACCAACAGCAAGAGUCGCGAUGUGUACAAGCUGCCUCCACCCAUGGCCCCUGGAGAUUCCUGCAGAACUCGGAUUCCCUCCCCGUUGCAGCCUGAGACCCAGGGUACCCCGGAUGAUGAGCCCGCCGAGCCCGAGCCGGCACCCUCCACCCUCAUCUAUCGCAACAUGCAGCGCUGGAAACGCAUUCGCCAGAGGUGGAAGGAGGCAUCCCAUCGGAACCAGCUCCGUUACUCAGAAAGCAUGAAGAUCCUACGGGAGAUGUACGACCGGCAGUGAUGUUUUCUCAGCUCCCGACCCCAAUAAAAACCCUCCGCCUCCGUU